AUUACAAGUAGACAAGAACAGUCAUUUCACAACUCUAUAAAUUACUGGAGAUGACGCAUUUAUUCCGAUAAAUUAACACGUCAUGGAUUUGUGGCGCUGAGAUAUACUGAGAAAAUCAAACAGAUGGCAGGAAAUACUUGUGUUGCUGCUAUUGACUGUGUUGCAGCUGAAGAGAGUCAGUAUCGGAGCAGAAACAGGUUGCCGGUGUGUGUGUGCCACUUGGAAUGUAAAGGAUGUCUGUAAUUGUUGCCAAAGACAAGGGGGUGACUGUGGUCACCAUAACGGCUAACAGUAAGAGCGUGUUUCCACCACUAUGCCAAAUCCUGGGGGCUUUCUGCUGCAGUCCAGUGUGUUGCUCAGUGUACAAGGGGCUGAUGAAGACCUGUGUUACAGCAGUUCUUGGGACUAUACAGAUCAUGGUGGGCCUGAUGAUCAUUACACUGGCUUCAGGACAACUGUUCACUAAUCCUCUGGAUGUGAAUAGCUUAGGUGCUGCUUACUGGCUGGGUGCUGUGUUCACCGCGGUUGGAAUCAUGUCCAUUUUGGCCGGACACGUCCCUUCUCCCUGCUUGGUGGGCUUCACCGUGUUUAUGAACAUUGUUGGUGCAAUCUUUGCCAUUGUUGGCAUUACUCUGUAUGCCAUAGACCUUGACCAACACUAUAAGGCCCAGUUGUACUGGUACGACCCGUAUGAUUCUAGUAGUUUUGUGACCCAGCGUCUAUUGAGUUACAUUGACGCUGUGAUAAUCACCCUGGCUGCUCUACAGCUGUCUGUCAGCUUUACCUUUGUUGUUCUGGGCAUCAAAGCUUUAAUCAACUGGAAGAAGGAAGAGCAGGGUGACGAAGAUGUUGAGGAACUGAAGCAAGUCCUCUUGAGCAGUCCUGGUGCUUAAAAUCAUUUCAACCAAACACAUGGAUGCACAAAUAUGAAGAAGCAGCACGUCAUUGUAAUCAUUUCUUGUAUUAGGAGAAAAUAACCCAAAAGCACAUUAUAUUACAAACAUUUUGUGUUACCAGUGUGGGUUUAAAAAUUGCUUUGGUGUAGAGCUGCAAUGAUUAGUCGAUUGGUCGAUCGGUCGAUCGUCAGAAAGUUAAUCGGCAAUAUUUGCUGGUUGCUGCUCCUAGAUGUGAGGAUUUGAAGCUUUUAUGUGUCAUACAUGAUAGAAAACUGAAUAUCUUUAGAUUUUGGACUGAUGAUCAGACAAAACAAGACAUUUGAAGAUAUGUCACCUUCGGGCUCUAAGAAAUUCUAAAUUUUAUAGACAAAACAAUUAACUGAGAAAAUAAUCGGUAGAUUAAUCGAUAAAUGAAAUAAUUGUAAAUUGCAGCUCUACUCCAGUGACUUUUACAGUGUGAUUGCAAGUGUUUUAUGUAUUUUUCUAUCAGCUUGUAAGUGAUGUUUUAUGGUUAACUUCCAUGAAUAAAGAUU